CAGUGCGUGAGGCAUAUUCAGAUCUAAUUUCACAGCAAAAUAAUACAAUUGAUGAGAACAGAAAGCUCAUGGGAAAGGUAAAAAAACUUGAGGACAUGCUAGAGGAUAUGAAGAAACAAAAAUUCCAACUGGAACAGGAGCUCCCUAAAGUGAAGGAAGCAGCAGAAAAAGAACAGAAGAAGCAGCAAAAGGACAUGGAAGAGAUCUGUCUUCAGAAGACCAAGGCUGAGCAAGAGGCAAAGCGGUGUCGUAUAGAUCUAGAGAGUAUGGAGAAGGAGAAGGCAGACACAGAGCAGGAGCUGGAGUGUGUAAGACGGCUCAUUUUUCAGGCAGAGACUCAAAGAAGUAUACUGGAAGAACAUCUCCGUGCUUUUCGAAAUCAAAUAGAAGAAAGUGCCUUUACCAGAAGAAAACUUGAAGAGCAUCUAAGAAGAAAAGAUACUAAUCUUCAUGAUUUAGAGCAACAAAAAAAAGCCUUAAUGCAGGAGUUGAAGAAAAAAACAGAAGGAGAGGAGGAACUUAUGAAACUGAUAAAACAAAUGGAACAAAAUCUUGAAAUCAAGCUGCAGGAAAAAGAGAAAUCUGAAGGUAGAAGGAAGUGUGUUGAAGGCAGGUAUGCUGUAACUAGAGAAACUUCCUUGCCAACUUUCAUGGCUGGUCCAGGCAGCCAAUGUAGGACUGAUUCUGAAAUUACAAGUUUCCAGAAGAAACAAGAAGCCAGAAAAGUAGAAGAGCUUAAACAGAAGAUAGAAGAGCUAAUCCUUGCUAACAAAAAAGCUGAUAAAACUAUUAAAGACCUGAAAUAUGAACUGAAUGAAAUUGAGCUUCAGAAGUCAUCAACCGAAGAAAAGUGCCAUUUAUUAAAAGAAAAACUAGAUAAAGUCAAUAGUGAACUUAAAUGCCUAAAAAUUAAGUUGGAGGAAAAAGACCACGUAGAACAGGGUUAUUUGCAACAAUUGAAAGAACUGGACAAGCAGCUACAAAGAGCCACAGGUAAAGCUGAAGAGAUGAUGCAAGAAGCGAUAGAUCUUAAGAAAAUUAAGAUGAACUAUCAGGAGGAGCUGAAAUCUGUUCAGCAAGAAAAGACACAGCUGAAGAGAGAAGUAGAGGAGUUAACUAGGUCGCAGACAAAGACUGAAAUCACUAUAAAACAUUUAAAUUCACAAAUCAGUUCUCUUCAAAAAGAGAACCUGGCAGCUGAACACAGGACACGGUCAUGCAAAGGAGAAGCAAGUAAUCUUCAAGAGCAGUAUAUGAAAAUUCAAGAACAGUUGCUUCAAAAGACAGAAGUAGAGAAAGAAAACCAGCAGCAAAUACAGAUGCUGAAGAAUGAAUUGGCCAAAAGUAAUCAGGCAUCAGAAACAUUGAAACAAAAGAUAGAAGACCUUAAUAAAUGGAAUACUGAAACGAAACUAUUGAUGAAGCAAAUUCAGUCUGAAUCUGAGAAGGUGGCUUUGGAAAAAGAAAGUAUUCAGAGGAAAAAUGAUGCAUUAAAAGCCCUGGCAGAUAGUUUCAAAGAGCAGCUGCAUACAACAAAUGAACAGUUGCACAAGCAAACAAUAACUGAGCAAGAAUUCAUAUGUAAAAUCAAAAGUCUAGAGGUUGAUCUAGCAAAAACAAAAGAUUUGGCUAGUGAGUAUAAACAAAAAUGUGAUAAACAAAGUGCUUCUACCUUAACAAUUGACCGGGAGGUUAAAAAUCUACAUGCCCAAAUGAAUGCUUUAACUAUGGAAAAGAGAGUGAAUGAGCAGAAGAUACAACUACAACAAGCUCAUAUACAAGAGCUAAAUAGUAGAUUAAAAAAAUUACAGGAUGAACUCCAUCAGAAGACUCUGGAUGAGCAAAUGGCACGCAAGAAGAUGAUUCUGUUUCAGGAAGAAUCCAUUAAAUUUAAACACUCUGCAGAGGAGUUUAGGAAAAAAGUUGAAAAGUUACUGGAGUCCCAUAGCGUCACAGAAAAGGACAUUUCUGGCAUAAAACUAGAAUGUGUUGCUCUUCAGCAGGAGAAGCAUAUGGCUGAGGAAAACAUAACGUUGUACAAGAUACAAAUGGAGGAUCUGCAAGAGAGGCUUAAGAAAUGUCAUGAACAACUACAGCAGGGGAAGCAGGCUGAAAUGGAAUACCACCAGAAGUGCAGGAAGCUUGAGGAGGAAUUGGAAAUGCAGAAGCGCACAAUUGAGAGCUUGAAGCAGAAAAUGGACCUGCAGGUCAAGGAAAGUGAACAUGGGUUUCUUUUGUUUCAGAAUGAUGUUCAGCAAAAUAAUAAACUCACAGAUUCUGGAUUUAAAUUGAGCUGUGAGAGAAGAGGGAAUGAUUUCAGUUACCUGAGUGACACUGCAGUUAGAGAAUUUGAACAGCUUCCUCCACAUGCAAAACCUGACUCACCCUUGUUAAGGAAGAAACAAGAGAGAUUAGGUUUUAAAUCUGAUCAAAUAGAAGAAAACACAUUGUACAUGAGUGCUGAUAAUGCAAUACCGAGGGAGGUGCAAUUCCAGAUGUCAAGAAUAAACCAGUCACUUGAAGAAGAUGCAAGCCCACAGUCUUUUACAGAGUUUGUUUCUCAAAUGAGUACACAGUUCCAGAUAACUUUUGAUAAAGCAAGCCAAAUCUCUGGAACAUCUGAAAGGGACAAGUUGAGAAACAAGAACCUACACAGUUCCAGGCAAACUAUUAGACAUGGAGAAGACACAAAACAUGAAUUAGGAGUUGUUAAACUGCAUCCAUUGGAGAUAGCGAAGAACAAGCAAUAUGAUGUACAUGUUGAAGUCACAACUUUAAACCAAGAAAAUGGCAAGACUUUCGGUAAUGAAGAGAGAAUGUUUGAGGGAUACAAAACAUCGGAAGGGUUUAGGACAGAAGACUUUGGAAAGAUGAGCUCUUAUUUAGGAGAAGAGAUUUUGAAAACUGUCGAUGAUGCUACUCGGUUGGAAUAUUUUACAGAAGAAUAUGAUGAUAUUAAAUUUCAAGGUCUCCGACAUGAUGUAACUGCUAGACAGUUGACCGAAGUCAAACUUCUAGACAGGCUUACGGUUGAGCAGCUCCGCUCAGGGCAGAAAACUGUUGAAGAGGUUCAAAAAAGUCUUGAGAAAUUUUUAACUAAACCUACAGCCAUAGCUGGGCUGUACCUUGAAUCCAGUAAAGAGGUACUCUCUUUUGCUUUAGCAGCAAAGAGAAGAAUCAUAGGAAAAGCAUUAGCAUUAGCAUUUUUAGAGGCCCAAGCAGCUACUGGUUUCAUUAUUGAUCCCGCAACAGGUCAGAAAUUCUCUGUUGAUGAUUCAAUUGAUAGAGGGCUUGCAGAUAAUGAAUUCAGGAGUAGACUACUUGAGGCAGAGAAAGCUGUUUUGGGCUAUUCCUGUUCUGGGAAAGUGAUCUCUGUGUAUCAGGCUAUGGAAGCUCGACUCUUAGAAAGACAAAGAGGUAAAAAUAUCCUUGAGGCUCAAAUUGCAUGUGGGGGGGUCAUUGAUCCUGUAAGAAGUGUUCGUGUACCUCCAGAAACUGCCGUGCAGCUUGGCUUGCUUAGUAACACAAUUCUAAAAUUUUUGCACGAGCCUUCAAGUAAUGCAAAAUGUUUUCACAGUCCAAACAACAAGAAAGCGAUGUAUUACUGUGAUCUGCUGAAAAUGUGUUUGUUUAGCAUAAGCAGUAAAUGCUUUCUGCUUCCAAUAGGCGAAAGGAAAAUAAGCAGCCCAUCAGCAGAGAAAAGUCAUAAAAUUUCUGUAGUAGAUGUCAAAAUAGGGGCUGAAAUGACUUCGUAUGAGGCUUAUAGAAGAAAUUGUCUUGACAAAGCUACUUAUCUUGAGCUUUCAAAACAGGAAUUUGAUUGGAAGGAGUCUACCUGCUUUGACUCUCUUGGGAAUUCUUUUCUUUUACUUACAGAUCUUAAAACCGGUGUACAGUUUAAUAUUGAGGAGACGUUAAAUCAGGGUAGAAUUGACAGAGCAUUAGUCAAUAAAUAUAAGGAGGGUUUAAUCACAGCUAAUGAGUUUGGUGAUAUUUUACUUAGCAGUUCACAGCCAAAUAAAGAUUUAAACAGCCCUAUUGCAGGUUUCUGGCUUUCUGAAACCAAUGAGAGAAUUCCAGUUUUAAAAGCCUCACGGAAAAACUUGAUAGAUAGAGUUACUGCUCUCCGGUGUCUUGAAGCGCAGGUUAGUACAGGAGGUAUAAUUGAUCCAUUUACUGGGAAAAAGUACAGCGUUUCCGAAGCUUUGCAGAGGGAGUUAAUUGAUGAUGGGUGUGCUAAGCAAAUCCAGCAGUGUGAACUGAUCUUUACUGGCAUCAUUCACCCUGUGAGGAACACAGUUAUGUCGGCUGUUGAAGCUAUGCACGUAAAUGCUGUAGACAAAGAAGUGGGUCUGCGCUGCCUGGAGUAUCAGUACUUGACCGGUGGGUUGAUAGAUCCAAAGUCUCAUUCCAGAUUAACAAUGGAAGAUGCAAUUAAGAAUGGUAUUAUUGACGCUGUCACAGCUACAAAGAUGAAAGAUGAAGAAUUGUAUGUUAAAGUUUUAACAUGCCCCAAAACAAAGAAGAAGUUAACCUACAAAGAAGCUUUGGAAAGGGCUGUUUUUGAUUGCCACACUGGGCUACGACUGUUAGAAGCAGCUCAGCCCAUGAAAACGGGAAUAUCCAGCCUUUACUACAAUUCGUAGUGGAACAACGAUAUUAGCAGUAAUUUUGAGGCCCACUUUAAGCCCAUUUCUGUCAAGGAGAUCCAUGGUGGCCUUUAUGGAAAAUCAUAAAUGAUGUUUUCUAAUGUAAUCAGUUAUUGUAGUACAAAUCACUGAUUAGUACAAACCACUAAAACUGGAAUUAAAAUCAUAGAAUCAUAGAAUGGUUUGGGUUGGAAGGGACCUUAAAAUCAUCCAGUUCCACGCCCCCUGCCAUGGGCAGGGACUUCUUACAAAGCUGAACUUUGUAGAUAAACUUAAGCAGGUUCAUAAUAUCAAAAUGCAGACUUUGUUCAGUGCUUACCUGAAGGCUUUUUCUGACAUCAGCUACAUGUAAAUUAGAAGUUACACUGAGGUUGGUGAAGUUAAAGCAGUGCAAAAUGGCUGGAUUUAGGUGUGACAAGGAUCAGAUUGUUAUAUUAAAAAAUGAAAGGAAUUCCCCAUUUUGUGAAUGAAUACAGUGCAGUCUUUUAUGUAACCUGAUACUUAAUUUGAUAUUACAAAUCAGUUUGCAGAUAUAAUUUAUUUGUUUUUUAGAAGUGGCAAUAAAGUAUACAAGGGUUAAAUGUUCAGUGCAGUAAACACAUAUAUACAAGUCAUUUUUCACACACUGAUAUUUCAUUAAUUUUAAUGGGCUUCUCAUAUCCUAAUUUUUUCUUUCAAUUCAGGUAACAUUUUUUUCUUAGAAUUGUUUUCAUGCUCUAGUAGGCAAAUGAAUUACCAUUAGUUAUCAACUAAAAAAUUCCGUUGAAAUAAAGUGUCUUCAUUUUCACAUGUGAUACCUGGAGUGGCUUAAGUGUGUUUUUAAAGUGUUGAUAAAUUUCAAACUAGUAAGUUGUACUACUUUAAAAAAAAAAUAUAGUUGCUUGUGCGGGAAAUGAUGAAGUGUCUCAGUAUUUUACUUUUAUUGUUUGCGUUUCUGUAUACAUAAAACCAAUGUAUUCUUCUUAAUUGUAAUUUAUUAAUGUGCAUAGGUUGCAAAAUACUGAUAUCCUGUGCUGGCUGUACAUAUCCACACCUGAGGGUAAUGCAAAGGCAGCAAUGCAAAGAUACUUUAUAUGAAAUGGUGUUUAGAUUUUUAUCUGCUGAGUAGUGGCUGGGAGGCUAUGCUUUUUCUUAAUACCAAUCAUUUCAUAAUGAAUGUGCACAUGUAUGAAUAAGCACCAUAAUCAUAAUUACAAAUCAUUUAAGGAAUUAUUUUGUUAAUGUAUGUAACUAUAUGGCAUUUUUUGUUCCUACAUCAAAGCGUCAUAGUAAUGCAUGCGAUGACAAAUAAAAAGAAAUCACUUUAUGUUUAUGUGAUAAUACUGCUAUUGCGGAAGAAUUGUGUUUCUAGGGAAGUCACUGGUAAAUAUUCCAACA